AUGUCAUCCAAUACCAAUACCAAUGAAACCCCAUCAAAAAUGAGUUCCAGUGCCAAUUAUUAUCAAGGUGCGGCCAAAGAACAAAUCGGAAAGAUUUUAGGCAAUGAACAAAUGCAAACGGAAGGUCUCUCUCAAAAAUUACAAGCACAAGAUGUGUAUAAUGCUGCACAAGAAAGGGAUAAUCAGCAAAAAGAAGAAUCAAACCGCCAAGUUAAGAAUACGGCGGAUAAUGUUACUGGUACCGUGAAGGAGAAUACUGGAAAGAUCUUAAAUAAUCCACAACUGGAAAAAAGUGGCAAAGCCCAAAGAGAACAAUCUAAAGAACAGCAACAUUAG